CGCACCGCGCUGUGAGGACGCCCGUCCCCUACGCCAUCUCUUCGCGCCUCCUGAGGCCACCCCCUCCACUGACGUCAUCGCUCCGCGCCGCGAGGAGGCCCGGCCGCCGCCAUGGUGCAGCUGGGCAGCCGCCUCCUGAAGGGCUACCGCGGCGGGCACGUCGUUAUCCGCUUCGCCCUCGGAGGCUGCACCAACCGCCCCUUCUAUCGCCUCGUGGCGGCGCACAGCAGGCGGGCCCGCGACGGGAAGUACCUGGAGCAGCUCGGCUGCCUCGACCCGCUGCCCAACUCGCACGGCGAGAAGGUGGUGGGGCUCAACCUGGAGCGGCUGCGCUACUGGCUGGGCUGCGGCGCGCAGCUAUCCCGGCCCGCCGAGAAGCUGUUGGGUCUGGCCGGGUUCCUGCCCCUCCACCCCAUGACGGUGACCGGCGCCGAGAGGCUGCGGCAGCGAGCACAGCAGCCUUCUGCGCCCUGACAGAGGCUCCCGGCUGGCAGCCUGUCCUGCCGCAUUAAAGAGUGAUUUGCGUUC